UGACAGAUGAUCUCACACUCAAGACUCCACUGCAUACCCAGCGUUAUUUCAAGAGGCUUUUUGAGCUUUUCUCAGUCACACCUCAAUUUCCUAAAUCACUCGCUCACGGUUCAAGCACAUCCAAUUCCUUCAUGGCUUUAAUUCCUUCUUCUUCUUCUACCCGUGAAUGGAAAUACGAUGUCUUCAUCAGUUUCAGAGGGAAGGACACCCGCACAACAUUUACAGACCAUCUAUAUGCUGGUUUGGAACAAAAAGGCAUAUCUACUUUUAGGGAUGAUGAACUCAAUCGGGGAAAACAUAUUCGUCCAGAGCUGCUCAAAGCAAUAGAAGAAUCGAGGAUUGCUGUUGUAAUUUUCUCAAGAGACUAUGCUUCUUCAAGUUGGUGCUUGACUGAACUAGCAGAGAUUGUUGCUUGCAUGAAAAGGACGGGGUUAGUAGUCCUGCCAGUUUUCCACUAUGUGGAUCCAAGUGAUGUGCGGCAUCAGAAGGGGAUUUAUGCGGAAGCCUUGAAGAAACAUGAAGAGCCUUUCAAAGAUAUUAAAAAAGAAGAUGUAAACAUGUGGAAAGCUGCUUUGACAGAAGUUGGUGGUAUUUCUGGAUGGGAUUUACAGAAUAGGCCUGAAACAAAAGUUAUCCGAGAAAUCGUUGGAAUGAUAUCUGGUGAAUUGAAUGGUGAAUUGAAUGGUAAAUUGAAUGGUAAAUUGAAUCGUAGAUUCUCAGAGAAUAUUUUUGAACACUUUGUUGGAAUAGACUCCCGUGUGGAGGAAAUGUUAGAUUCAUAUUUGUGUGAAGGGUUGGGUGGUGUUCACUUUGUUGGGAUUUGUGGGAUGGCUGGAAUAGGUAAAACAACUCUUGCACGAGCAAUUUAUAGUAGAAUUUAUGGUGACUUUGAAGCUAGCAGCUUCAUUGCUUAUGUUAGUGAAAGAACUAAAAGGAAUGGUUUAGUUGAGUUACAGGUACAACUUCUUUUACAGAUCCUCAUGGAAAGAGGAAUAAGGAUAUCAAACGUUUGUGAGGGAAUCGAUGUUAUAAGGAAUAGACUACGUGAUAAAAGGGUUCUUAUUGUUCUUGAUGAUGUGGAUGAAGACGAACAACUAGAAGCACUAGUAGGGAAACAUGAUUGGUUUGGUCUUGGAAGUAGAAUUAUUUUAACAAGUAGUGAUAGGAAUUUGUUGGAAAGAUGUGGAGUGAAUGAUAUAUAUACAAGUAAGGAGUUGAAUGAUGAUGAAGCUUUGGAGCUUUUUAGUUGGAAAGUUUUCAAGAAACCCUAUCCUAUAGAAGAUUAUGUGGAGUUGUCUAAGGCUUUUGUGAAUUAUGCUAAAGGCAUUCCUGUAGCUAUUACAGUUUUAGCCUCUUUCUUGAUUUCUAGAAGCAUACAUGAAUGGAAAAGUGCUCUAGAUAGACCAGAAGAAUUACAUGUUUUAGGCAUUUUAGAUAUACUUCAAAAGAGUUUUGAUGGGUUGAUGAAUGCACAAAAAGAAUUGUUUUUGGAUAUUGCGUGUUUCUUCGAAGGAGAGAACAUCAAUUGCAUAAGAGAUAUACUAGAAAGUUUUGGUUACUAUCCAGACUAUAAUAUUGAUGUUCUUAUGGACAAACGUCUCAUAACCAUUGAUGCAUGGGGUACUAUUACGAUGCAUGAUUUGCUAAAAUUUAUGGGUCAAGAAAUUGUUCGUCGUGAAUCCCCUAAUGAGCCCAGUAAACGUAGUAGGUUGUGGCGUUAUGAGGAUGUCUUCCAUGUAUUGGAGAGUGAUACUGGAACAGAGUCAAUUGAAGGCAUAAUUCUAAAAGCAAAUGUUCAUAAAAAGGAACAAUUGAAUGUUGAAUCCUUAUCAAAGAUGAAAAAAUUGAGAUUGCUUAAGAUUCAAGAUGUGCUCCUCCCAAACCACCUAAAUUAUCUGUCAAAUGAGUUACGCAUUAUAGAAUGGCAUGGAUGUCCUUUAAAUUCUAUGCCAGCCAAUUUCCAACCAAAUAAGCUUGUUGAAUUGAAAAUGCAUCGCAGCGCCAUCAUUCAACUAUGGAAAGGAAUUGUGAGUUAUGAGUUAAAGCUCAUUGAUCUAAGUGAUUCUCAAAAGUUGAUCAAGACCCCGGAUUUCAGUGGAGCCCCAAAUCUUAAGCAUUUGAUUCUUCGACGCUGUACAAAAUUGUAUAAAAUUCAUGCAUCUCUCGGAAAUCUCAAAUGGCUUAUUCAAUUGGAUUUAAAUGGUUGCAAAUGUCUUGAAAUCCUUCCACCCAAGAUCAGCUUGGAAUCUCUUGAAGUUUUUGAUCUUUCUGGUUGUUCAAGACUGAAGAAGUUUCCAGAGAUUGUAGGAAAUAUGUCAUGUUUAUCAAAACUUGAUUUGGACAAAACUGCUAUAAAAGAAUUACCAGCAUCAGUGCAGAAUUUAACCAACCUCACUUUUUUGAGUCUAAAAGACUGCAAGAAUCUUUCAAGUCUUGGUGUUUGUUGCAAUUGGAUUUUUUUAAAAACUCUCACUCUAUCCGGUUGUUCAAAAUUGAAGAAGUUUCCAGAAAUUGUGGGAAAUAUGUCACGUUUGACAGAAUUAUAUUUGAACAAGACUGCUAUAGAAGAGUUGCCAUCAUCGGUGGAUCAUUUUAUUGGCCUUACUUUUUUGAGUCUAAGAAAUUGCAAGAAUCUUUCAAGUCUUACAGAUGCUACCUGUACAAUGACAUCUCUAAAAACUCUCAUCUUAUCCGGUUGCUCAAAACUUGAUGAACUACCUGAGAACUUGGGGAAUCUUAAAGAUCUGGAAGUGAUAGAUGUGAGUGGAACAGCUAUAAAAGCGCUACCUUCCUCCGUUGUUCUCUUAAAAAAUCUCAGAGUAAUAUCUCUCUGUAGAUGUGAAGGGCGAUCAUCUAAAUCUUUGAAAAAGCUCCUUGGUUUUCUUAUAUUGCUUGUUGUCUUUAAUGUACUUAUAUCUGGAAGGAAAUAAUUUUGUUUACCUCCCGAAAAGUAUUAUUCAGCUAUCUAAUCCAUGAGAACCUUUUUUGAAAUAUUGCACAAGUCUUCGAUCAUUGCAAGAGCUUCCAUUAAAUAUACAGUGUAUUGAUGCAACAGACUGUACUUCACACUGGAAACUUUAUCAGUGAGACCUGAAGAUAAUUUUCAGCUGACUCCUUGUCUUUUCAAUUGCGUAAUUGAGAAUCAAGGCUACGAUAGCAUGUUAACAACUAAACAUUGCUAAGACAUUAUGUUAUUAAUGACCAGAGACUCUGUGAACCAUGCUAGGUAUAUGGUGUCGACAUUCCUGGAAGUGAAAUUCCGAAAUGGUUUAAAUACCCAAAUGUGUUGACAUACCACACCAAAAAGGAUUCAACUACCCUAAUCUAAUUGAUAGACUCAUUCCAUGUUUCGGAAUUUGGAUUGAGAAUUCAAGCACACAAGACAAGGAAUGGAGCUUACCCCAAGGCUGUAGGACUUGCAAAAGGAUUUUGCUCUCGGGUAUGUGAGUGGGAUGUUAAGCCUCUAUAUAUUUGGUGUGGUAGUAUUCUUCAUUCAAAGUUGCUCAGGGCCCAAAUUUAUUUGGGCAUUUUUAACAGGCAUUGAGAAUCAGUAAAUAAGAUGAUGACCCAAUCAGUGAUGAAUAUAGCCGGGCUGAACGGCAUGGGUUACCAGCCCUAAGGGUAAUACCUUUUUGUUUUGCCAUGGACGUGGCCUUCUCCUUCAUUUAUUUCUGAGACAAGCUGCUAUAGCAAGUGAAGGGAAAAUAUUGGUAGUAUUUGUAUCCUCCAACUGUAGGACAAGCUCCUCUUGUUCUCUGCUUAAAUAGUUAAGAAAUGGUGGGUGCUCAUGCAAUUGCAUGCUAACUAUUUCAAGCUAUCUGGUACCUCCAAUAGCCUUUAUUGAGUUAUAGACUUACAGCUACCAUUGCCAUGACAAGCACCAGCAAUGUAGUGCGUUUGGAAUCCUCUUAGAAUCACCUGCAAUGAGUUGUAUUGACCUUGCAUAUUGAAGAUAAUUACAAAACAACUUCUUCUCGUUUAUUUGUUGGUGCACUAGUAAUCUUGAAUUCCAUUUCUUGCCGAUUGCAUUAGAGCAUGCUGCUCCAAUUGCAAAUGAUAUUGUGGCUGCAGAUCCCUCUUCUACAGUGGUGCAUUCUUUGAGAAGGAAUCAAGAGUUGAAAUCCUUAAUAUUCAUGCUGCUGGCCAAACACGGUGAAAUUGACUAUGAAGCUGUUAUAAAGCUUGCAGAGGGCUUUAAUGGGGCUGAUCUUCGAAAUGUUCGCACAGAAGCUGGCAUGUCAGCAAUAUGUGCAGAACGGGAUUGUGUCAUGCAUGAAGAUUUCAUGAA